AUGACGGACAAGCUGCCUCCGCCGCUUCUGGCGCUUUUUCAACCCCGGCCACCUUUGCGCUACAUACCUCCCUCAGAUCGCGCCCCGGAAGACUGCGGCAAAAGCUCAAUCUCUGGCGUUGCCCAAUUCCUCCCUGCUGCCAAGCAGUUCCAAGAGGAAGUCCCAUACAAUGCGACUGAAUGCUGGCUCCAGCGCAAGUGGCGAGAGAAGGUCGAAAAGAAGGAAGAAGUUGCGAAGAAGCUGACAGAGAGCUUGGAGCAUUAUGACCCUAAGGAGGACCCUCAAGCUCGAGGCGAUCCUUUUAGGACUCUUUUUGUUGCGCGUCUCAGCUACGAUGUAAAGGAGGCUGAUUUGGAGCGCGAAUUCGGUCGUUUCGGUCCUAUCGAGCGCAUCCGAAUCGUCAAGGAUACGAUUUCCCCAAAUGCAUCCAAGAAGCCCCAUCGCGGAUACGCUUUCAUUGUCUACGAAAGAGAGAAGGAUAUGAAAGCUGCGUACAAGGAAACUGACGGCAUCCGGAUCAAGGAUCGACGCGUACUCGUUGACGUCGAGCGUGGUCGCACAACAAAGGGCUGGAAGCCUCGCCGUUUGGGCGGUGGACUCGGGGGUCGCGGCUACACAAAAGCAAUGCCGUCCCGGCCCAUGGGGCCAGGCUUCAACGCGCCCUCAGGUCCAGGUGGGUUUGGAGGAGGUUUCCGUGGUGGCUUUGGUGGCAGAGGCUUCCGUGGCGGCGGUGGCUUCCGCGGCGGCGGUGAUCGUUUCGGUGGUCGUGGAGGAGUUGGCUUCCAAGGUGGCCGUGGUGGGUUUGGAGGUCAAGCUCCACCAAAUGCUCCUUCUGGUCCUGGCGGUGCCCGCAGUGGUGGAUUCGGAAGUAAUUAUGGCGGCGGCGGGGGUGCUGGUGGCAGGUUUGAUCGCGGAGUGACAGGUAGCAACCGCGAGCCCGUUCGCCCUCGAGACGCAUAUGCAGACCGUGAUCGCCGCGACGAUCGUGAUCGUGGCGAUCGCGCAGACAGGGGCGAUCGGGAUAGUGGCGACCGGUACAGAGACCGUGAUCGCAUGUCGGACCGCAACGGGGACCGUUAUCGCGACCGUGACCGUGAACGCGACAGAUAUGGUGGUGGUGCUGGUGGUGGUGGUAGCCGGGAGGACUAUGGGCGCAAGCGCCCUCGUGAGGAUGACGGCUAUGAUGACAGUCGCUCUAGGAGACGAUACUAA